GAACCUGUAGAGCGAGAUCUGAGAUCCAGCAGAAGAUCCAGCAGCUAAACCAGAACUCUGUUGUGAUGCGUGUCCCUCUCUCUGCGCUGGUGGGCUGGGCAGCCUGUGCUCUGCUGCUGUGUUUGGCUGUGUUGGCUGAUGGUUACCCAACAAAACCGGAUAACCCGGGGGAGGACGCUCCCGCCGAGGAGCUGGCCAAGUAUUACUCCGCCCUGAGGCACUACAUCAACCUCAUCACGAGGCAGAGGUAUGGGAAAAGGUCGAACGCUGAAGCACUAACCGCAAACCUGCUGUUCGGAGAGACAGAGAGCCGACCACAGUCCAGAUAUGACGACCCGUUGAUGUGGUGAUGUCAUCAGUCUGUGUAGCCCGACGUGUCUGUGCUCAUCCAACCAGCGACAUCUGACCUCAUCGAAGAGUAGCGGCAGCGGUGCAUCACUUGUUAUGAACAUGGCGAGUGUGUACGGCCUGUGAUGUGUAGGAUGGAGACGUUCCUCUGGACGUUAGGGUAGAUAAACCAGUCGUACCAGUUUACCACUUUAUUACAGAACAGAUCUGAUCUACUGAAGGUUAGGGAAGCUCCUCCUCACCUCCAUCCAUCCAUCCCUCCAUCUAUCCAUCCCUCCAUCCAGUAGAGGCUCAGUGAGUGCAUGCAGUCUCUCAGCAGCUUCUCUGUACAGACCUCCACCUCCCGCGCUCAUCUCCAUCGUCUGUGUGCUGUAAUAUCACUACUGAAUGUACAGUAUUAAUGUGCUAUUAAACACUAUAUUUGAAAGAGAAAA